AUGUUUCUGGGGGCUCAAUCUGGACUAAAUGAUGAGACUAAGAAGUUCUUCAAAGAGUUAGAGGAAGCUAGUUGUCCGUUGUAUGAAGGCUCAGUGCAUUCCAAGUUGUCUGUUGCUGUUCGAUUACUUCAGAUUAAGUCGGAUAGUUUUAUUACUCAAUCGGGCAUGAAUUCUAUCAUUGGGCUUAUGAAUGAACUUAAUCCGAGUAACAUUUAUCUACCCAAAGAUUUCUACACGGCAAAAAAAUUGGUUUCCAAGUUGGGUCUUUCAUCAGAGAGGAUUCAUUGCUGUGAGAAUGGUUGCAUGCUAUUCUAUAAGUAUGAUGCAUCUCUAGAGAACUAUAAAUUUUAUAACAAGCCUCGUUACAAGGAUGCCAUAAAUGAUAAAAAGAAUAAGAUCCCGGUGAAGGCGAUACACUACUUACCCCUUAUACCAAUGUUAAAGAGGUUGUAUGCAUCAAUGAGCUUUGCUCAUCAUAUGAGAUGGCAUUAUAAGCAUAGAAGGUCGGAUGGUGUUCUAUGUCAUCCAUCAGAUGGAGAAGCAUGGAAGCAUUUCGAUAGGAUGUCCUCGGACUUUGCUAGUGAACCAAAAAAAAUUAGGUUGGGAUUAUGCGCUUAUGGAUUCACUCCAUUUAUAGUCUCUGCUGCACCAUAUUCAUGUUGGUCGGUGUUUGUUACGCCAUAUAAUCUUCCACCUGAGUUAUGUAUGACAAGUCCAUAUUUGUUUCUAACUUGUAUUGUUCCAGAUCCACGCAAUCCAAAAAAGUUGAUUGAUGUUUACAUGCAGCCUUUGAUUGAUGGGUUGAAGUUAUUGUGGCAUCAAGGCGUAGAAACAUAUGAUGUGUCAACAAAGAAAAACUUCAGAUUGCGUACUGCUUUGAUGUGGACUAUAAAUAAUUUUUCUGCUUAUGGAAUGAUGUUUGGGUGGUCGACUGCCGGAAAGUUAGCUUGCCCGACUUGUAUGGAAGAUACAAAGGCAUUCACUUUGAAACAUGGAGGUAAUAAUACAUGGUUUGACUGCCAUCGCCGCUUUUUGCCAAUGGAUCAUGAGUUCAGGAGAAAUACUAGUGCAUUUAUGAAGAACAAAACUGAUUAUGAGGAGCCACCAUCCUUCUUGUCUCCAGAAGAGAUUUGGAACAGAGUUAGGGAUCUACCUAAGGUAACAGAGUAUCCCUUGGCUAAAAAGAUAUCUGGUUAUGGUGUUACACACAACUGGACUAAACAGAGCAUAUUAUAG